AGUAAGUGUUGAAAGUGUCGUGAAGUAGUAUUGUGUAAAUAAUUUGACUUUAUUUGUUUAUGACUAUAAUCAAACUGUGUGUUUUGGUGAAAAAAGUUACUAGGACUUGUAAUUCAACAUUUUUAUUCAGUGCAAUUGAAAAAACUCGGUGAUUUAUUCGAAGCAACUAAUAUGAUUAACCAAAUUUUCAUUUUUAUUUGGAGAAUAAUCUAGCCCAUUUAAUCCAGAUGCAGCUACCUUAACAACAACUCACACCUCCUGAGUACUUCCUUGAUGGGAACAAUGAAAUAUCCCACUUUCUCUCAAAGUACCAGUAUGGCAGUCAAUAACGGCACGCAUGUCGACGACGUCGACCCCCUUUUCAUCUCCUCCUGUUGGGGCUCCAAUAUACAACCUGAAUUCAUAGACGCACAUAAGCUCCUCCUCGACGGUCACAUCAAUAACUUGGGUAAUGAUAAACUAUUAUUGGAUACCACCCUCGAAGAUGAUGCCGUAAUAGAAAGUAAAGAUACUAUGGAAGUGUUGGACAAUCUUAUUUUGAGCGCGCAAAAUAUAAAUACUAGUCUGGCAGAAUUGAAACCUUUACCACCUUUCACAGGUUACACAGCUAAUCUCAGUAUUAACGGUAUACCCGGUCACCAUUAUCAUACAAUAUCCCAAAGAAUUCCCGAAGGGACCAACAACAAUUACAAUAAUUUUAGUGAACAAAACAUUGUAUCUAGUUCGACGUGUAACGCAAAUGCAGACUCAGCUAGUGAACAAAGUACUAAGGCAUUUUUUUCUAGUGACAGUUAUACGGAUUGUGUAGAUCCCGAUUCAGUAUCUUCCUUAAAAUAUGAAGAUUGCAGUCAAAAUGCCGUAGAUUCUGAAACGACUGUGAAAGAAGAAGAAGAAAAUGAAGAAUAUAUGGAAGAUAUAGCGGCGAUAAUAAGUUCAGCUAUAGCUGAUACAACUACUGUUCCUAAUAAUAAUCCAGACAGCGAAGGUCCGACUUGUUCGAGAGGUAGCUGGAUGGAUUUAGACGCAUGGAUCGAUGACCAACAAAAAGGUUUAUUAAUAACGCAAGAAGGUUUAUCUGAGUUCGUUAUACCAUCGGUUCAACCAAUCAACGUUCAAGUACAACAAUCUAGUUCGACGUUACAAACUCUUCUAACCCAUGGAUAUAUGCCUUUAUUGCAAAAUAGGCUACAGAACGGUCCACCUAUUAAACAAGAAAUGCCCAGUUCUACGAAUUACGGUAACGAUAUGAUAUCAACGAGCAGUCCUCCUUCUAACGUAGUAUCUACGACGGAUAACCUCUUAGUAACUGUCAACGGAAGGUUCCUCCCACAAUACAUUCACAGUUUAAAUGACGACCACAGGAUAACAAGUCCUGAUAUGCUUCAAAACUAUCCUCAUACGACAACCACCACACCUAAUACCCCUAAAAAAUCCCGAAGUAGAGCUCAGAAGAAGCAGCAGCAACCAGCGACUUCUAGUGUUUUCCAAACAGACCAGACUUUAGGUCUUUUGGGUAAAGAAAAACCGGUACAUCGAUGCAAUAUUUGUAAUCGCGGAUUUUUAAAUAAGAGUAAUAUAAAAGUUCACGUCAGGAUCCAUACAGGGGAAAAACCUUUCCGAUGCGAUACGUGUGCGAAAGCUUUCAGACAAAAGGCGCAUCUUUUGAAACAUCAACAGAUCCAUAAAAGAAUCGGGCGAGAUUGAAGACAGACAGGUUCAGUUUGUAUGGAACAAAUAGCAGGUUAUAAAAUUCGAUUAUUUGAAUGGAACUUUACUGGUACAAAAUAAUGAAUAUAAUCCGUCCAAAUCAAAUUUGUCACUUCAAGAUCUCUUUGUUAUCAGUAGAAUUCCAUUUCAUUUAUUGAUCAAAACAUAUUGAGUAAGCUGGAUCAGACCAAAAACGAAAUUUACAAUUUUUCUGAUAAUUUUAUAACCGAUACAUUUAACUAAUUACUCAAUUACCCGGAAUAAAUCAUUUAAGACAUAGUUAUUUUAUACAAGGUGAGUCAACCUAUAAUUUGUUUCAUGCUAGAAUUACGAAUUUACUUGUAAUGUGAAAUUAAUAGUAAAAAAAUAGUUUCUUCUUAUUUGUGUUAUAUUUUUACUUGGUUUCUUCUUCUAUGAGAUGCUAAAAUCAAUUCGUGUUCCACUCAAUUUCUAUUGUUGUCGAUUGUAGGCUUAAAACAAGGUAGUUAGAGGUCAUUACAUGUUCUAAAAUCUUAAUGAUUACCAUGCAUUUAGCUGUUUUUAUUCUGAGAUCUUCAUAUUAUACUUUUUCACUGUGAUAUUGAAUGUAUGUGGUUGUUCGUUGCAUAUAAGGCUUUUUUAGGUUAAUAAAGAAACAUACUACAUAAAUAUAUUAACAACGUCUGAGCAUGACAGAUUUUUUUCGUUUUCCAGCAAUUUUCAGUUCCAAUUGAAAAAAACAAGCAAAAAUUACACCGAAACAACCGGUUAAAAUAUUUUUCUCAUAUAAGAUGUGAUGUACGAACCACAUGUAACGGAAUUUGGUGGGUAGAAAUGUUAAAAAAAACCCAAAUGUUUUGCCUUUAAUCCUAAAAAUAUAAAACUACCUUUUGUAGACAACUAAAGUAUAAUUAUUAUGGAAAAACAUAUCCAUUUUUCAAUAUUAUCUCAUAAUAUCACACCUUCACACUUUUCUCAACAAGGUUCUUGUUUUUUUUAUUAUUAAAACUGAAAAUAACCGUUAAUUGCUAACAUCAUUGUAGACCGAGUUAUUUUUGUAAGUUUGGAAACACGAAACUCUGUAUAAUUAAUUGUGGUCAUUGCAAUGAAGGACUCGUCAGGUUGUGCAAUAUCUUCUCAAUCGUUUUCAAUUGAUUUCUUUCUUUUUUAGAGCCGUUUUUUCUUAUCAGUGUAUUGUGUUGAUUGUUCUAUCAUCUCAUGAAUCAAGGUUUAUGACAAUGUACCUUUUGCUAUAAAACUUUGCUAAACACUCAAUUCAAAAAUCUUCACGCCACUGUUUUAUUCAGUGGGACAGCAAACGUGACAAUCAUCUUGCAUACAGCCAAAUUUCGAGAUAGUGUGCAACUUACUGUACGUUUUGAAGUCCAGUAUUGCCUCAUGGAAUUUCUUCACCAUUUCUAAAGUCGUCUACUAAUUGCGAUGCUUGUUUUAGCAUUCUAUAAAGGCCCGUAUAAAUCUGCUACCCAUUAUUCCAUUGUUAUAAAUGAAGGAACAUAAACUAUUAUAACAAUAUCCAAUUUUCUGAAUUAUUACAAAUUUACUUAUAUAGUUAUCAUCUUGGAUCUUUCAAAACUGAUAAAGUUAAAUUUUCUAAUACAAAUUCAGAACUAAUGGAAUCUCCCAGGUAUUCUAUUGAUUGUUAGUAAAUUAUUCUGCAAAUUUGAUUGAUGAUAACAACAAACUGUUCAUUUAUUUGAAAAUAUAUAUGUAUAGAAACUAUUUAUAAAACUGCAUUUAUAAAAUCGAACGAGUCCUGAAAGGAUAAUAAUUUGUUGAAUUUUCAAAAUAAAAUACCAACUAAAUUUUAAAUAGAAAAAAAAACUUGUAAAUGUUUUGUUUUUGGUCUAAUGUCUUCUAACGUGCUAUAAAAACAGGUACCUCAUUGAGAAUCUCAAAAAAGAAUCCCAUUUAUGGACAAUGUGCAAUUAUUAUCUCUAACAAAGGCAUGUACAUAUUUCAUAUGAACAAAUCUUUUUUGAAAAAGCAAUUGUAAUAUCUAGUCAUAACUGUGCAAGAAAAUAAACAAUGGUUUUAUCUAUGAAAACUUGAAGUUGCUCUGGUUAAUUUAAUUAAAUCAGAUAAAUGGCGAUAAAACGUACAGAAGAAAUACACAUUUUAUCACAUACUUUUUUAGGUGAUAGAAAUAUGUAUAUUUCUUUAUUUUGCAACUUUUAUCGUUUAUAUAUUCUUCGUCACUAGGAUUCAAAUACUUUAUUAUUACCGCUUAUCUUAAUAAAGUUUUUAUUUUAUUUUACUCUUAUCGAAAAUCACCUGUUUAUUACUUUUGUAAAAACUAUACUUAUUCUUCAAUAGUAACAGAUGAUUUCGAGAUAUUGUUUGUUAAUUUUAUUUAAAAAGUUUUCUGUUAAAACUAAACCUGACCGGUUCAUAGAUAAUUUUAUCUAUAUCUAUGAAUUUAUUGUCCCCAUAAGUUCAAAAUUUUAAUUCGAAAUUCCUAUAAAACAGUAUAUUUAUGAUUAAAAUAUUACAAUUGCAUCAAUUUUUUAACCCAGUCAUUUAUUAAUACAGUGCUUCAUUUCAAUAUUCGUGUACAAAUACUUUGGGAAACAAUAAAUAUACUUCAAAGCUAUUUGCAAAAGACAAAUAUCUAGCUUUUGAUCAAUAUAUUUAAUUCUUAAAGUAUUUCUUCAACUUUCCAAUUAGUAAAACUACAACACAAUACAUAUAUAGUUAAAGAUUUUAUUACAAUUUUCUUACUGUACCGAUUGAGCCCUUGUUAUCUCCUCCAUCUAUAAGGAAUAAUUAUUUACUGUUAAGAUGUUAUUAUUUUUAAUAAUGAAUUGUACGACCAGAAAAACGUAAGAAAUAGUCAUUUAAUACUUAUCGGUAUAAUAUGGUGUAGUUUAAUAAACUGAAAAUGGAGUUAAAUCAAGCACUAGUCGCUCAAGAAGAAUUUAUGAUAAUCAAAUUUGAAUUAUUGGUUGUAAUUUACUACUCCAAUUUCAGGUCGGAGUUCCAUUUUCUUCCUAAUAUUCUUUGGCUGUUUCUCGUGAUUUCCCUCUAUUUUACCAUUGAUUUUCUCCCUAUUUGUUUCCUAUGAGAAUUCUAGUAAGAUUUUAGGUCUCGUCUGUUUUGAAAUUAGCGUUUUUAAUGAAGUUAUCUUCCAAAAAUUAUUAAGAAAACUAAUUCUAAAACACAAGAGACCAAAAAUCAAGAACAUUAAGAUACAUUAAUACAUCAAAAAGUCCAAGAAAUAAGAAAUUAAAGAAAUGUAUAAAUAUUUAUAUACGUCCAAUCCUCAUACUUUGGAAACCACUUGUAUAUCGGUAUUUUUUCCUUCGAUUGCUCUGCUAAGAUAUUUUUUGAUUUCAUAAGCAAUGUCUAACAACUUUUAUCGCCAUUUUUCCAUAUUUUCUUCUUCUGCUCUGAUUAAUAUCAACAUCUAGCGAUAAUCUGGGGCUGUAGGCUUUCUAGCUGUCUUCCACGUGAUAAUAAAAGAUACUUCGAAUUUUCAUACUCACUACUAAGUCUAAUAAUCUUCGAGACUAUUUUUUUUUCUGGUCUAAACAUAUUUCAUACUGUAACUCUAUAUAUUUCGUUUUAUCUUAUAUCCUUCAUUCUCGGUUCCUUAUGAAAGUGUAUUAAACGGCCUGUUUAGAUUUAGUAUCUAUUAAAAUCUUAAGCUGUGUCCACACUAUGUCGAUCGACUGGUGUUUUUCAAUACCGAACGACACUGCUAUCUCCAAAAACCGUCAUGUCUUUUAUUUUUAUAGUUCGGAUCACUGGCGUUCCACAGGUAACUCCGAUCACGAGGUCGAAGCGACACGUUCACACCGCUGCUUUCGAUUCGACUCCCUUUGAUCAGAACCGCCCUGAUUCGGUUCGGGUUCGACUCGACACGACAUGGAUCGAAAAAGUCAGGCGACAAACUUGUUCGACAAAGUCGAGUGAUGUCGAUCGACAUAGUGUAGACACAGCUUUAUAUUUCCUGCCUAGAUUUGAUGUCAAUAUUUCAUACGAUAUCGAAUAGUUGAAAUGAAAGUACUGUAUAUUUCAAUAAAAUCUAUACCCUGCCACAAAAAAGGUGUUUCAAUAUUUUGAAUAUCAUUUACAAUAGAUAAAAUAUAAACUAAAUUAUUGUUUAUUAAAUAACAAAAUAUUGAAACAAUUAGUUUUUGCUGUAUUUCGUUUAGAUUAGCCCUAACAUAUAUUUGAAAUUCAUUACUUGUUUUUUAAAAUAUUGUCCCACUAUUCUUAUUGAUAUACGGUAUGAAUUUUCGAAUUCAAUUCCAUUUCUUUUUCCCAGUAUGUACUUUUAUUAUUUAUUAAAAUAUUUUUUGAGGUGGUAAGCAAAAUUAGUAUACCAUUUUUGGAAAAUUGAAUAUUUGGGUCUAACCUAAACAUUAAUUUAUAUAACCUCUGCUUCAACUGUCCAAAUAUAUUAUUUAUUAAACUUUUAAUCUUGAAAAAUAUGUAAAAAAGGAAUAGUGUUUAUUUUUCUCAGGUUUUGUGACACACAGUUUUGUGAUAGACAUACUUAAUAUUUAAGUAAAGUAAUUGUGCUUUCACAAAGUUCCCUAAACGUAAAAUCUUAUUGAUUAAUAUGCCGAAAUAUGUAACUAUCAAAUUAUUCUAUAAAAUAUAGUCUUAAGAUGGUAGAUUUUGGAAAUUGUGCUUUAAAAUUGAGGAAAUUUAACAACACAAAAAUGAUUAUUUUUCUACAUAUAUUAUUCUCAACGAUUUUAAAGCAAAAUACCAAAAUACCGGCUUACAAAUAAUUAUUGAUGAAGUUCAUAUUUUUAUACGUGUACAAUAUGUAAAAAAGACAAUUCAGAGAAAUCUAUAUUUUAUGUAUUCCAUAGUUUUCAUCUUUAUAACAACGAAUUUUUUGUACUUUUUGUAAAUGUUUGUAAAUUAGUGUUAGUUAUUUAUUUUGUUCUUGCGUUUUUAUAUUAACUUCUGCCUAUUUAAUUGAAAUUAUGGUGAAUAGAUCUCAAUUUAAAUACAAUAAUUGUAUCAUGUAAUUGCAACAUAUAUUAACUGAUUAGAUCAAUUUUCAACAUUCAAGAGGAAAUAAUCAAAAAUUAGAUUUUCUACUUGCACGUUUUAAAACACGUAUUCUCCACGUAUUUUUCAUCACUUUUGAUCCUGAUUCUGUACUGGCCAAUCCUUUUACCCCGCCCCUGACACACAAGAAAAAAUUGCCAAGAUUGUGACACAUUUUUUUCGGCCCAAUACGAAACGAGAAUAAUCGCUUAGCCACCGUAUUCUCUAGAUUUAGCACCCUGUGACUUUUCCUCUUUCGAAAUUGAAAAAUCUACGUCUGGAAUCGCACUAUGAUUCGACUAAAACUGUAAUAAGUAUAUUACGUAGGGUACUGAAGGUCAUUCCAACCGAAGCUCACAAAAAGUGUAUGGAAAUUAGAUUAUGAGAGAUUCAUCAACGUCUUAUAGAUUCUAAAAAAGUAUUGUACGGAAGAAAAAUUGAUGCGGAGUAAUAAACUACAAAAGGAAUUAAGCACGGAUGUAAAUUAAGCCCAUUAUCAUUAAACAUAGUUCAAGAUGAAGCAAUAAAAAUAACAAAAAGUUAAAUAAAACAGUGUAGAGGCGUAAACUGGAAAACUUUAAAAUUUCUGUACUACUAUAUGCAAAUGACAUAGUAAUAGAUGAGAAAAUUUUUAACUCAAACUUUUUUCUAUACCAUGACUGUCUACAAAUAUAGAAUAUAAAAAUGAACGAGCAAAGAUUGAGAUGAUAUUAAUGAAACUCAAAAUAACAGUAGAAGAAUCAAAAAUAGAGCAGAUCAAAAGUUGGAAGGUGGAAAACUGGAACAAGAAAUAAAUGAUAGUAUUGUAGAAUCUGGAAACAGAACUGCAACUAAUGAAUAUUUUUUUGUCAAAUUCAAUCACAAGGUAAUCUCUUUUUAGGUUAACACAGUUUCCCCAUUAAUGCUUUAAUUCUAAAGCAUUCUUCAGCCUCAGAAAAUUAGUGGUUCACUGCACAUUACUUGAAGAAAAUCGUUUACCAUCAAGCGUACCAAAGAGUUUUUACUUCGGUGAUAAUUUCCACAAGAAUUUCGUCUCAAUUUUGCUGUUAGAAAUCAGUUGAAGAAACCAACAAUGUUAAAACCACAGACGUUUUCGUUAUUAUUAUUAUACAGAGGUUGUCUCAUAAGUAGUUACUGACAACGCAUACGUUUUUAUAAUAAAUAGUGUGGAGUGCCAUAAAUAUGAAAUUCUUGAAUAGUUAAGACAUUAUUGGAAACUAAAGUUUAUAGCAGCCGUAGUAGUAAGGAAUAUAUGUAAAAUUAAAAGAGAAGACACAGUUAUCGUCCACUUACGUGGGAUAUUGUGGUUACAAGGAAAGCAGCAGAAAAUCAACCUAGUAUAAACACUCGCCGAUUAUCAGACUCCCUCAGAUCUUCUAAAGAUACCAUACAUAACCGUUUAAAAUCAGUAGGUAAGAUCUAUAUAUGUUGUCACACAAACUAACGGAGUUUCAAGCGAAUCGUCGAGUGAAGGUGUCUAAACAGCUCCUUGUCCUGCAGAAAAAUGUAUGUUUCAUCAGACGGAUUGUUACUUGUAAUGAAAAGUGGAUUUAUCUUAACAACCCGAUCAUGGAAAAUCAAUGGUUAGACAAAGGACAAAGCAGAACUCGUCAAAAAAGAGGUCGAAAAUCUUGUACGUCUGUUGGCAUUAUGUGGUCGAACUAUCAAUGCCGAGGUAUAUAGUGAACAACUGUUGUGAGAAUCUGCACCGUCAGAUUACUAUUAGAUUCAUGGUGAGAUUCUUGCAUGAGAUAUUGAAAGUGCAGUGCAACAGUAUUUUGAAUCUAAGCUCAAAGAAUAGUUUUACCAAGGUCUCAAAUACACAACAACAAACAAACAAAAGUUCUUUUCUUUUUGCUCUCAUUAUUUCAGAUGGCAUUGUCUAUAACAAUUUGGAAAAAUGAUCGUCAUCUAUUUGGUUCCAUUCGUUUUUCAGAAUAUUCCAAAAUUGUUAAGUAAAAAAAAGACACUAACUUCCCUGACCAAUUUGUCUCACAAUUUCAUCGAGUUGAGGUCGGGCGACUAUGAUGGCUAAAUCAUUGCUUUCAGUACGUUAUUCCUAUCCAAUUCUUAAAAAUACUCUUUGCAUAGCUUCGAGGAAUGCUUGGGAUCGUUGUCUGGAGGUUAAGUUUUUUUUCGAACGGCGCUGACCAGAACGUACUAUAUUUUCCUAUAUUUCUAUAUUUUUUACAGUGUUCUUUAAUCGAAAUCCCUUCAAAUUUUACCAGGUUUCCAGUUAUCCUUCCUCCAAAAUAUCCCCAAACCAUCACCUCUGUGUUGUACAUUAUUUCUUUGGUCUGCACACACUCUACUCUUACACACAAAAACUUCAAGCUUUGGCUCUUCACUCCAUAAAACUCUCACUCACUCUUCAUGCUUUUUUAUAUUAUUUAGCCAAAGAGUACCUCUUAAUUUCAUUUUGACUUCUUCACUGCCACCCAUCAAAAAAAACAAAUUUCUCUCAAUCUCCAUUUCGCUGUAGAAGUACUCAAAAACAGAUCCCUAGAUUCAUUGAUCUUAGCUGAUAUCUCUGGCCUAGUGAGUUGUCGAUCACGUUUACUGAUCAAUACAAUUCGUUUAUUCGUUUUGCGAGUCCCCUCUGAAGACCAAGACUAAACUACAAUCAUAAAUACAUUAUAUACAUAAACGCUAAACAAAUAAUUAGGAAAUGAUUAUUGAUUGAUUGGGUUAAAGCCCUAGAUUACGAUGGGCAUUCCUACAAAUUUUAAGCCUGUAUAAUUAUCUAAUAAACAAAGUAAGAAUUGGAAACUGACAUUAUCACUUGUCGAGUGUCAAGUUUCUAACCUACUUUGGUAUUAAUGCAUCAUUCAAUAUUAACAUAUCACUUCUUAUUAGGGAAAUUACCUGUUCAUCAAGUUUUUUAUUAUGUUCGUUUUGUCAAUGUCCCCAAAAUAAGUAUUUGUUCAUGAAGAGAUUCCAUCAUAGGAAUCAGACCCAUUUUCGGGUUAGUUCUUCAGGUGAAAAACAAAAAAAAUACUGGAAUUUCUAAGGAUUCUUCCUUGCAUUAUCCUGGUAUAAUACAAUGUUCAAUUACCAAAUGCGUUGGUUCAAUUGGUAUAAUAUUCUCUAUUUGAGGUCAACUACUGUUGAAUAGAUAUACAACAUGCAUCCGAAACAUAUAUCUUGGUCUUCUUUAACACAAACUCGCCUCGAGAAGCCCCCUGUUAGAUCUCUAAUAUAUUGCGGCGGAUCCACGUUUACGACGCAGAACCUCAACCAUAUUAUGCUUGAUUAAUGUCAAACAUUAAUUCAAAGUUGUUAAAUUAUUUUAUUUAAACAUGGAACUUCCAUAAUCUACAGCAUUUUUAAUCUUCGAUGGGUCAAUACCAUAUCGUGUAUUGUUUCAGGUGUUUUUGACAAAAGUGAAUAAAGCAUCUUGUUAGAUUUUUUAUGGGCAACAGUCAAAAAAUGGUGGACUUAUUGCACACGGAAUAUUCGUCCUUUGCCUUAUACAUGUGAUUGUGGUGUAGCAUUUUGCAACUAGCUAUAGUCUAUUUUGGGCUUUUAUUGGUCUUUUAUAAUCAUAAACUGUCCAGAACUAUGGAAAAAAGUUUUAACUUGUGAAAAUGAUUAAUGCUUCAUCAUUUUAUUCCUCUCUCAUUCAUAAAAAUAGACAAUAGAUGAAAUAUAAAAAAAACAAAUACUUUUCUUGAUUUAUAUUUAUCAAAUCGUCUGACUCUACCUUAAAAAACUUCACUUAGUGUUUUAUCUAAAACUCAUUUUUGUAGAAUACGUGGUGUGGUGUUUUCUAUGACUAAUCUUAAAUUCCAAAAUAUCUUUCUAAAACAACCAGUUCCUUUUAAUAUUUGAUUUGAAACUUUUAAGAAAAAAAUUCUCGCGUGUGUCAAUUUUAAUACUAUAAGAAUCUAGUUAACUAUUUAAUUUCACUAUUUGAUAAGAAAUUAUAAUCAAUUUCAUACUUUUGUUCGCCAAUGGUAGUACCACAAGGUUUUGGCUUUCAAUGUGUCGAUUCAUCACAAAAAAUAGCCACAGCUCAGCUCUUUUCGUUUAUUAUACUUCGAACAAAUUAUAUAUCAUAAGCUAAGCUUGAAAUGUAGUUUUCUGAAAAAUAAAAUCAAUUAUUUCGCUACUAAACAUCAUAUUUCCAUAUUGUCUUUGAAUACUGCAUCUUGUGGCCUCCAUUUUGAUAAACAAUACAUCGUAUUUUCAAGUCAUGUACGUACAAAUUGCGAACGGAACAAAAACGUGACGUAAUGCGACCCAAAAAUUAACAAAUUUAAUGUCAAAGGUGAUGUGAUAUUUUCUCUUCAAAUGAUUAUCUAGAUUCGCGAUUUAUAUUUCCCAAGUUCAUGAAAAUCAUUUGGUACCCAAAGCUUAAAAUUUUCCCAACUCAGAAAUUGACAAAAAAUAGAUCAAAAAGUGUUUAUAGUGAAGUCAGUAAGUUCUUCAAUUUUUCCCAAUCUACCGAGGUGAGUAAGAAAUAAGGUUAUUUCCAAAACUUCCUUCAUACUUCCUAGUGAUCUCUGUAGGACAUGAGUGCCACCAAUAAAUCUUCAGGAACUUGUUUGUACGCGUAGUUACCAACUGAACGUGCUAAGUCCAAGAAAAAAUAAAUCAACAAAUUUCUACAAAAUGCUGCUAAAAUUUUGAAAAAUUAGCUAGAAGAAUUCUGUUGAUAGAGGAUGGGCUUAAUGAUACGGUCUAGAAAUAAAUUGACAGUUUGGUCAGUGGAAGCAUGCCAGUAAAGCACAUCAAAGUUAAGACAAUGUUCACUGUUUAUUUUGAUUAUGGAUAUUUCUCGAUCUCGAAUAUAUUUAGAAUCUUCAAAUAUUUACUUAAGUAGUAAGAAGAAGCUUUGACAAAAGAUAUUUAGUUGCUUUAUCAUUCCAAUAAGCAUAUUCGUCAAAUGUACAGCUUCAACAGCCCAUGACUUCAAAAUGUUUCUCAGAUUAAACGUCGUUCAAAGGACACUGGUUUCGAUGACAAAAAGAUGCUUGAUAGUAAUGAAAUCUAGUACUGGUACAAAUAUCAUAGAUCAUAUGUCACCAACUGAAUUUUUUUUCUAUUAAUCACACCAAAAUAAUCAAUCUUUAUCUUUACAUUAUCUACUGUAACCAAUUUCAAACAUAGUUGCUGUUUUCGACUGGGAAAUCUGAGAUAAUCUACAGGCUCUCUUUUGUUACAUAUAUAGAAAACAAGUGAUAUUCUUUCUGAACACACUGUUUACACUACCACUACACCAACACUCAUAAUAACACUGUCUGACGCGCAUUUCGAUAACCAAGUUAUCAUCUUCAGAGACUAACUUGACUUACCUGUUUUAUACUAAAUUUUCCCACUAAUGAACCUUCUCCCACGAUAAUUAAUUUCAACCGGAAAAUCUCUUUGACGGGAAUCUUCAAUUUUAUUUCUUAACUAUUAAACUAUAAAGUGGGCUGUAAGGAAUAGGCUCUUUGUCCCUAUUUAAACUGUUCUUACAUUUAAUAAUAAGCUUUCAAAUCCAUCAAAAAAUUUAUUAUUGUAUACAAUUUUCCAAUAUUUCACAUUAUUUAUAUUUAUUCCGUGAUUACGGCUGUGUGAUCCGUCCAUAUGUGCUCUUUAAACUGAACAUUAACGGAUCGCUUAGUCUGCCCGACGUACAAAAAGAUUUCAAGGCAUAGAAAAAGCUUUGGCAAGAUGAUGAAGUUAUUACCAAUCGGUUCUGACUUAUUUCAUGAUGUGCCAAAGUUUUAUAGCUGCGAAAAAAUGAAGUUCUUCAUGAAUAAUUUGAAUAUCUUACAAAUAUUAUUUCAAUUUUCAAUAAUUUACCCAUGUUGACUAAAAUUUCGCUGCAAAAAAUGUCUUUGAGGUCUUUGUUUAACCAAAUUUUCAAUAAAUAUUCCUAAAUAUAGGAUAUGGUGUGAAAAAUUAUAUGGGAAAUUUGGACCAGUGUAUAUAAUUUGUUUUAGAAUCAGCUUCCAUGGAUCUAAAUCGUCAUAGAGCUUGCAUAUCGCUUUUUCUUCUUCCUUUUACAAUUACCAACGUUUUUUCCAGAUAAGUAAUUUGUGAAAGCCUUGUCUUUAACUUAGAACAUAUAUUUGUUCUGUUUAUAGUAUGGGGAUCAAUUUUAUACUGGUGCAGAAUUUUACAAAAUAUAUUUUUGAAAGUGUUAAAUGUGGUUAAAUUGAAGGCACACCAUAUUUUUGUCCAAAAAACUAUUCUAGAUGUUUUCCAUUAAUUGAUUUAACUGAAUUAGUUUGUCGAUUGUGAUAAUCAUGUAUAGAAAUGAUAUAAAUUAUGCAAUAUUGUAAAAAAGAUACGUUCUAGAUUUUUUUUCACACAAAUGUACAGGGUGUAUUCGAUGCACUAAUAAAAAAUAUGUGUAACCUUUUUUAAAAACUGAAUCAUUUCCAGAACUGAUAAAAAGUCUAUUUAACCAAACCAUUUGGAAUUGUUUCAUAAAAAAUGUUGCAAAAUGGGAGCUAAUUAAAUACAUUUUAUUGUUAUAUACAGGAUGUUUCUAAAUUCAUUCGACAAAACUCAAGAGUAUUAAAUUAAAAUAUAGAAAUAUAGCGGUGGUCUAUACGGCAGUUUGCGAUACGUUUAAAGAAUUCAUGGUGGUUUAUGGAGUCAAAUGCCUUUUCAUAGUCGAAGAAUACUAAUACUAUGGGCUUGUUGCUCUCCACAUUUUUUUCUAUUAAUUAUUAUAUAACCUGGAAGUAACCAUUUGUUCCAUAUUCGGUUAGGAAGCCUGCUUUUGUUCUCUAUUUUGACAUAAAACCAGUUUGUUUGUCUGUAGAUCUGGGAUGCUGCCUUUCGUGUACAUAACAGUGGCAUUGUUCCAUAAUUGUUGUUGUUUCUUUAAUUAAUGCUUGGAGGAAGAAACUACCCAACGAUAUAAAGGGUGUGUGAAUAUUUUUCAUAUCUCUAUCGGUUGAAACAUUAAUGGGGGUGUUAUUAUCGUGAAAAUUGCAAUACAAGGAGGAAGCUCAGCUUAGAUUCUUUCAGAAACACUAUUUAACAUAAUGUCCAUCUCAUUUACAAAAUAAACAUGAGAGAUGACGAAAAAAUAUAAUCUGUAAGUGUGAACUCAACUUAUGAAACUAUUAUCGAACGUCCAGAAAUUUGAAAUUAUAUGUUAAUAAAUAUAACCAUUUUUUCAAAUUCUCACUCAUCAAUCAACUAGAGAAAAACACAAUUAACGAUAGCGAUUGGUCCGGUAUUCGUGUAGUAUAUAAUUAUUUAGAAAUUUAUUAUCAAGUCGUCAAUCAGUCACUUGAUACAGUCGAGAGAUGUCACACCUAAAUUGCAAAACCAAUCUGGUAUCGAUGGGAGUCGUACACCAGUCAAAGAAAUUGAGUCGAAUAUUAGAAUUGUGAUUGAAAUAUAUUUUUGGCCAAUCUUUGGAAUUAAACCAAUCACUAAACAAAAAAAAAUAAUGAUCUUUAUUAGUUGAAUGGAUUUAUUGUUAAUCAAUUUGCAGCUGCAAAAUAUUAAAAGCGCCAUAGAUUUGGUAGUAUAGACGGAGAUUAUUAAAUCUCCUGCAUCAAAAAUUGUUACAAUUUGUAGACGAAAGCUUGUAAAAACUACAAAACAAAUAUAAAAAUAUACUAAAUAAAGAUGCAAAUAAAACAAAAUUUCAAUAUACAGAAGAAAAUCACAAUUAAUAACAAAAUGUUAGGUAAUAAUUAGUAUAUGAGUCUAUAGCAAAAUUAAACCAGUAUACAGCAUGCCCGGAAUUAAAUAUUAUUAUUCGAAUAGGAGUUGUUGACAGACUAGAAAGCACUUUCCAGUAAAUAUGCCCUCAAAUUAUUGCGGAAUGCGGAAAAAGAUAAUAUCCAUUUGAUUUCAAUUGGCAAGUGAUUGUACAUUCUUUUGCAUUGUAAUAUAUUGAGCCCUCAACUAAUUCUGAAGUGUAGUAGGUAAAAUAUAUCAUGUUUUCUAAAUACCAGCAGCUGAGUUACUUUUUCAUCUACCAUGAUGCUUCGGCGAAUGAUAUUUGCUCCAAACUUCUGCUAGAAGGGUUCGACAAUGAACAGUGUACUUUUUGAGGUGGUUAAAACAUAAAAAUUUUGCAAUAAUAUAGACGUUUUAACGUUGUAAAGAACAGUGGCCUUGUUUUUAGGGUAAAAAUAAUUUUUUUCCAUAAGCCAUGUGACCACAAAGAAAUAUAAUCUCUUUUCAGUUUCAGUUUCCAAUUCUUCAUUUCAUUUUUAUGCCAUGGUAAAACCUCUUUUUUUUGUUUUAUCAAUAUCAAAAUUUUUAUUUGCCAUUUUAGUCUUCUAUACCAUUAAAUAUAUAACCCGCCGCACAGUUUUGUUAAUAAAUGAUACUAUUUGUUAUAUCAGUUUCUAGAUUUUCUCGAAAAAAGUUUUGCUUUGCGCUUCAAGCUUUUUUUGAAAUUUCUGCAACGAUACCAACAUCUAGUUUCAUUUUCUCAUUAAAUAUUUUAAUACAUAUCUCAUCAUCGUUGAAAUCGCAGACAAUAAUAUCUAGGUAAUAUCGCAAGUAAAAAGAAAAUUUAUUGAACCAAUUCAUAUAUAAAAAGAGUAUUUAUUAUUUGAAAGAACUGUUGUGAUAUCAAUUAGUAAAUACACCACGGGUACUAAUAGGUUGAUACCCUCGGGAGACUUAUGAAUCGUCGGGCCAAAGGCUGUCGCCCUCGGGGCAUAAAAAUCGUACCCUUGAUAGGGUACAUAAAUAACUAUUGAAUUUUUUACAAAAUAAGUACAUCAAUUUUUUGUUGGGCUUAUAUCAUUUUUAGCUUCCAGAGAAAUACUUGAUACCUCUGUUUGUAAUCUUAAAUGUUUUUAACGAUAAAAAUAUGCUAGACAAAUCCACUGCGUUUAACCUCACAAUUCUCCGAUAAAAGAGUGGUUUUCAUGAUAUUUUUUUUCAUAUUUAUUUUAUAAAAUGUUUGCACUGGUUCUGAAUGAAAUUAUAAACAUCAUUUCAAUACUAAUUCCUAAAAAACUUUUAAUUUAGUUUUAAAAAGGGAUUACACGAUUAAUAAAAAUUCUUAUUUAUUAAACUCUUGUAAUAUUUCGAAAUUUAUGUUGUGAAUGUUUGAUUUUAUAAAAAUAAAUGUAUAACGUUUAUUCUUUGUUGUGUACAUUUUUUAAAAAGACCUGGCUGAAUUAACGUCCUGUACAAAUUAGCAAAUAGGUAGAUGAAUCAUUUUUAAAGAUGUUAGUCUUUAAGUAUAUUGUUAUUCUUUUAUUGUUGUUUUGUGUUGAUUUUGUAUUAUAAACACCUCUAUCUUUAAUAUAAAAGUUUCUAAAUA